ACUCGAACGCAGCGUGAUGUUGUGAUGAGACCUUUCAAGGCAGGUUUUUGAGUGACUCGUCUUCCCAGACCAUCACAUCAGCACCUUGGGACGUCAUCCCCAGAGGAUGUGAUCAUAUGAUCUCUUGCACAUGGAAGGACAGUGUAUAGAAGAGGCAUACCAAAUCAUCCUGUGAUGUUAAUUUAAUUCUCCUAAAUUUAACAUCUAUUUAGAUUAAUUCAAGAUGGAAGAAAAUAAAAGUGAAACAGCCAGAGAUUCAGGUGGAGUAAAGUCCAACUCAAAAGAUGAGACCAAUGGUGCAUGCUCAUCCCCUGAGGACCAAAAAGUUACAAACAAGGGAACGAGCGAGAGGGACCAACUUACUGAGGCAGGCAAGGAAGUGGAGGACUGCUGCAAUGGGGAAAUAUACAAGAGGAAAGACUUAUCAGGAGAGCAGAAAGUGGAGGAUGUAACAGGAUCAUCAUCAGAAAAUGAUGCUUCAGAAAUGACUGAGAAAAAUAUGAAAAGAAGAAAGAAAAGGCCCAAGAACGUAUCACAAGAGGCUCAGGAUCGUCAGAAGAAAAUGCAGCAAAUUCAAGAUUUACUGUCUUCCAGUCCACUAGAUUUAGAAGUCCUUCGAAAGCUUGCAAUUGGUGAUGGCGGUCUUAUAAAAGAUGAGUUACGCCGCAAAGCUUGGCCACGCCUCAUGAUGAUCGAGCACAUGGAAGUGACCCCCAAACCCACCCUGGACACGAUCAAAAGCCACAAGGAUUACCAGCAAGUGGUGCUGGACGUCAAUCGGUCCCUCAAACGCUUCCCUCCUGGAAUUGAUGAUGAUUACAGGCUGGUUCUCAUGGACCAGCUCACCACUCUCAUUAUCAGGAUUCUCAUGAAGCAUCCUGAACUGAAUUAUUACCAGGGUUUUCAUGAUGUUGCUAUAACAUUCCUUCUGGUUAUGGGUGAAGAUGUUGGUUAUGAAAUGGUGGAGAAGCUCUCCGUCACACACCUGAGUGAGUUCAUGCGGCCGACAAUGGAGAAGACCACCUAUUACCUCACCUAUAUAUAUCCCAUUCUUCGAAGGGCAGACGCCAAACUCUACCAGUUUUUGAUAGAUUCAGGUGUAGGAACAGUGUUUUGUUUGCCCUGGCUUAUUACAUGGUUCGCUCAUACACUUUCUGACUACCGCAAUGUGGUGAGGUUAUACGACUGCUUCUUGGCUUCCCCUUAUCUCAUGCCCAUGUAUAUAGCUGCAGCAAUUGUUUUACACAAGAAAGAAGAUGUUUUAGCAGGAGAAUGUGAUAUGGCAAUGCAACAUUUUAUUCUUUCACAGGUUCCUGAUACAUUACCUCUGGAGCGCAUCCUAGUAGAUGCAGGGGAAUUAUAUAACCUUUAUCCGCCUGACACUUUACAAGAGGAGGUCAAUGAGUUUCUGCAGAAAAAGGCUGAAGAAGAGAAGCUGGAGAAGCAGCAAGUCCUUGAAAGACGCAAGAAGUUUGAAGCAGCACGAAGAGGUCAGAAUUACCGGGGGAUCCUUGCAACAGUGUUCAGAUACCUUCCACUGGUGCCAGCUCAGAGGAAUAUGCUCGUCAAGGUGGCCGCCUUUGCGGUGACUGCAUACAUUGCCACUAGCCUUUAUAGCUACUAUUCCAAUUCAGCUCUUGUGUUUCCUUUUGUAGCAAAACGAUGAUAAUGUAAAACAAUGCAUAGCUCUUAGUUCCUAGUCAGUUUCAUCACCUAGUCUUUCACUCUGCUCGAUUAUUUGAAAGAAAAUUUGAAUGAUGGGUAGUAAACUUUAUUAUCUUUUUGCUCUGUAAACUGAUAAAAUAAUGGAAGAAGUAUGUUAAAUGUAUAUAACAUAAUUAUAUUGUACAGAGUUUUAGAGUUUUUUUUUAGUAUUUUCAGAAUAUAUAUUAGCAUGUCAAAUUUGUUAUAUUCAGGGCUCAUAAUUUAGAGUUUUUGUAAAGUUUACUAUGGAAUAAAGUGGUUGUUUAA